AUGACGCCGUUUGUUGCUUCGAGACUUGCGUACGCUCUUGCAAUGAGCACAGUGCGUAGUUUCUACCCGGUCCUCAUUUCCUUCAAUUCUUAUGGAGGCUGGGUCGCGGACACCACUCAGCAGCCGCUGCGAUACCGAGCAGCAUGCUCCGCAGGCUCCUCUCGCCGGUCCCGUGCAGUCAACACGUGCAACCGUCUUGUAACCGCUGAUGUUGAUUUCAUCUGCGGGCAUUGCCCAAGUCUCUCCGAGAGGCAUGACGUCACUUGCUGUGUAGACGGUGUCAUUCUCUGUCUGGUUGCGGUGUCUCGCAAAGCUCUGUUUAUUGUGAUCUAUAAUCUGGAUAGCGGAACGUUCUGUUCGGAGAAAUUUGAGGUGGGGCUGAAAUAA